AUGGGCUCCCUUCGUCAGCUCGCCGAGGCCUUUGCGCCUUUGCUCGUCUCCCUCCUCACCUCGACGACAUGCGCCGCCGUGAUCGCAGAGCGCUCGGUCGCUGAGCUCGCCGACGACCAGGCCCUCGCCGCGCGCGCCGUCCCCAAGUCGGCCUACUUCAAGCUCAACGAGCCGUCGCACGACCUCUUCCGCCACAAGACGCUCAAGGACGACACCGUGCAGCAGAGCUUCGCCUUCGACCAGAAGAACCGCCGCCUCUUUGUCGCCCAGCGCAAGAAUGGCACGCCCAGCGAGAAGGGCGACCUCUGCAUCACGCAGCUAGACUUCUCCGGCAAGUACAUCUCGCACAUGUACGUUCUGGGGUCUGGACACGGCGUCGCCAUCGGCGCCGAGUCCGUUGGCUCUGACACGUACCUGUGGACCGAGGCCAACUGCAAGAGCAACGGCUAUGGCGAGCGGCUGGCUCGCUUCAAGUGGACCAAGGGCAAGACGGUCAACGUGGGCAGCGGCUCAAACGCCGUCACCAAGUUCAAGCCCUUCCCCUCCUCCACCAACAUCAUCUGCAACAUCAACGGCCUCGACCAGUCGCUCGUCUGCCGCUACAGCUGCAAGCAGGGCAAGUGCCUGGCCGGCUUCGCCAUCGACAAGGCCAGGAAGGGCGACUUCUCGACUCCGCUUUACAACGUGCCCCAGCCGGCGCUCAAGGGGCGGUCCGAUGUCUUCCAGGGCUACGUCGCCUACGGGUCUUACGUCUACAUGCUCAGCGGCACGUCCAACGACAUCAACAAGGGCAAGCUGGACUCGGAGGUGACGAGCGUUGACGUCAACACCGGCAAGAUCCAGCAGGGUCCUGUGUUCACGGAAGCGGGCAAGUCGCUUGUGUUCAGGGAGCCGGAGGGCAUGGGCGUCUACACGACUGCGGCCGGCGAGCCGCGCCUGUUCCUCGGAUUUGCGUCCGGUAAGGCUGGCGAUCGCCGCUGCAACCUGUUUUACAAGAACGUCCUGGUCAAGCCUUGA